AUGGACCAAACUAAUUCUAACCAUAUGAUGAAUGUAAAAACUAUAAAAAGUGAAAUAAUAACAACAAACUUUGAACAUACACCCAACAAUCCUGGCAUUGCGAUAACAUCUUCAAUGAGCUCUUUACCUGUUAAGACAGAGAACUGUGUUAAAAAAGUAAGAGCUAAAAAGAUGAAGAAAUUAUCAGAUGAUCAAAUUCGAAUGAAUCACGUUAGUUCGGAAAAGAGGAGACGUGAACUUGUAAGAGAAAUAUAUGACGAACUAGUGACACUAGUACCUGAUUUACAAAAAAAUGAAAAUAGAUCAGAAUUAAUAAUAUAUUUAAAGACAAUAAAUUAUCUUUCAUGGUUAUAUAAAAAGAAUAAAAUGCUUAGAACUAAAAUUAUAGAAGAGCACCCUAAUGAAAUGCAUAAAAUAACCCAAAGCAUGAUAUGGGAAUCAAAGGAGAAAAAUUGA